AUGUUAGAUAUAAAAAUCGAACAACGUGUUAACAUUAAAUUUCUUGUUAAAUUAAAAAAAACUGCCGCAGAAUCAUUUCGUAUGUUAUGUGAAGUUUAUGGUGAAGAAUGUUUAUCAAGAGCUCGCGUUUUUGAAUGGCACAAACGGUAUUGCAAUGGAAGAGAGGACGUGGAAGACGAUGAUCGUUCUGGACGUCCUAUCACAUGUUCAACAUAUGAAAACGUUGAAAAAAUAGACAAAAUUAUCCGGCAAGAUCGUCGAUUNAAUGAAAACGUUGAAAAAAUAGACAAAAUUAUCCGGCAAGAUCGUCGAUUAAGUGUUAGAGCUGUAGCAGAGAUG